GCGUGGCCUCGCCGCCGCGCGCGGCGUGCGCGAGCGCAAGGUGCACGACAUGGUGGGCUACUUCCGCCGCCGCACGGGGGAGGAGGUGGACGUCGGCGAGGCCGUGUACGGCGGUGUGCUGAACCUCGUGUCCAGCGCCUUCUUCUCCGUCGACGUGGUGGACAUGGGCGGAGAGUCCGCGAGUGAGCUGCGGGAGGUCGUGGAGGACAUCAUCGCCACGCUCGGCAAGCCCAACAUCUCCGACAUCUUCCCUUUCCUCCGGCCGCUGGACCUGCAGGGCUGGCGUCGCUGGGCGGGGGCAAGCUACCACAAGGGCGAGCACGCGCACGGCGACUUCCUGGACUCGCUGCUGGAGCUCGUUUCCGCAGGCAAGAUCGGUCGCGACAAGGUGACGGUGAUACUGUUCGAUGUGUUCGCGGCCGGGACCGACACGAUGGCCAUCACGGUGGAGUGGGCGAUGGCCGAGCUGCUCCGGCACCCGCGCACCAUGGCCAAGGCGCGCGCGGAGAUGGAGGACGUCCUCGGCGGCAAGGUCGACACGGACACCCUCGAGGAGCCUGACGCGGCGAGCCUGCCGUACCUGCAGGCCGUGGUGAAGGAGGUGAUGCGGCUGCACCCCGUGGCGCCGAUCAUGCUGCCGCACCAGGCCGCGGAGGACGGCAAGGAGAUCGGCGGCUUCGCCAUGCCCAGAGGCGCAACGGUGAUCUUCAACGUGUGGGCGAUCAUGCGGGACCCGGCGGCGUGGGAGAGGCCCGACGAGUUCGUGCCAGAGAGGUUUCUGGAUAUGGCGGUGGAGUUCCGGGGCAAGGACUACGAGUUCAUCCCGUUCGGGUCCGGGCGGCGGCUGUGCCCUGGCCUGCCGAUGGCGGAGCGGGUCGUGCCGUUCGUGGUGGCGUUGCUGCUGCAGGCGUUCGAGUGGCGGCUCCCGGACGGCGUGGCAGUCGACGAGCUGGACGUGACGGAGCAGUUCACCACGGUGAACACGCUCGCCGUGCCCCUCAGGGCCGUCCCCGUCGCGGUCACCUAGCUAUCAUGCAUGCAAUCCUACUAUCUUGUAAUCGUGCGGACGAGAUGCACCCGGUUUAUCUACACUAGCUAUUCAUGAAAAUUCAGUAGCCAGACAUU